AAAACAUUUUAAUUUUCCUGUCCAAACAUGUCAAAAUGUCAAAGGUGAAAAGUUGGUGAAAAUAGAUAGCAAGUAGCAAAUAAAACUUAAAUUAUUUUUUAACCAUAAUAAAACUACUUAUUCACAUUGUUGUUUUAAUAAUGACUGAUAUAAACAAAUACCUUGAAAACCAAUUGGCACUGGCUAAACAAAGAAAUCAUAAUAAAAGUAAUAAACAAGUUUCGGAGAAAAGUCAAAACGCUGCGGAAAACAUUUCCAAGAAACAAAACAAAAACUUUCAUAAUGCUAGAAAUAAGAACAAAAGUGAUUCCGAGGGAGCUGAAAAUUUAAAGUCUCCUAAGUGUGAUACUGAUGACGGUGAUUCCGAUUUUGUACUGUCUAGUGAUGAUGAUUGUAAACGAAGUCCAACUACCCAUACGGUUCGUACCAAGAAAAACAUGAAGAAAAUCAUAGAUGAUGGUAAUAAACAUGUUUUUAAUCAGCGUAUCAAUAAAUGGAAAGAAAACAUAAAAAAUGCGCUUUCACGAACAAUCGAUUUAAGUACUAUAGAUUAUUACACAGCAGAUUUACAAUAUGUGUUAGAUGGAAACACCGAUAUAGAAGACAGCCACGAACUUCAGAAUGGUCUAUACAUUCCACAAUAUAUUUGGAGACAAUUGUAUAAAUAUCAGAAGACUGGUGUAAAAUGGUUGUGGGAAUUACACCAAGUCGAAGGUGGAGGAUUGUUAGGAGAUGAAAUGGGUUUGGGGAAAACUGUACAAAUAAUUGCAUUUUUAGCAGGUCUUGCAAAGUAUAAAAGCGGUCCAUGGGUUGGACUGGGACCAACAAUCAUUGUGGCCCCGGCAACUGUAAUAUACCAAUGGGUAUCUCAUUUUCAUUAUUGGUGUCCUAAUCUAAGAAUUGCUGUUCUGCAUCAUUCAGGCUCACAUAAUGGUAAUCACAAUCAACUAUUGAGAGACAUACAAGCUUCACAUGGAAUAUUAUUAAUUACUUAUGAAGGUGUAGUUAAAUACAACAAAUGUUUGUUAUCCUAUAAAUGGCACUAUUUAAUAUUAGAUGAAGGUCAUAAAAUAAGAAAUCCUGAAACUCAAGUGAGUAAACUAGUGAAAAAAUUUCAAACUCCUCAUAAAUUAUUGAUUACUGGAUCACCAAUGCAAAAUAACUUGCAAGAACUUUGGUCUUUAUUUGACUUCAUGAGGCCUGGCCUUCUGGGAACACACAAAGCUUUCAUGGAACAUUUUGCUGUACCUAUUACACAAGGUGGAUAUGCAAAUGCUACAGAAUUCCAAGAAGCUACUGCAUUGGAAAUAGCCAAAGCCCUCAAAGAUAUGAUUACACCUUAUUUACUGAGAAGGACUAAAGCAGAAGUGCAGGAACACAUUAAAUUACCUGAAAAAAAUGAACAAGUUUUGUUCUGUGCUUUAACUCAAGAGCAGAAAGACUUGUACAUGGGCUAUUUGACAAGUACAAUGGUUAGAAGCAUUCUUGAUAAAGAGAGCAGAUAUGGCGAUCCUCUUAGAGCAAGAGUACUUAUUGCUUUAUCUACUUUAAGAAAAAUUUGUAACCAUCCAGAUAUAUAUUUGUAUGAGGCACAUGAAGAUGGUGAUGAAAUAAAUGGAGAAACUUUUGGACAUUGGAAGAGGUCUGGUAAAAUGACAGUUGUUCAAUCUUUGUUAAAAAUAUGGCAAAAGCAAGGUCACAGAGCUUUAAUAUUUUCUCAAUCAACGGCUAUGCUGUGCAUUCUGGAACAACAUUUACAAAGUAAUGACUAUAAAUAUCUCAAAAUGGAUGGUACAGUGAAUGUUAGCAUUAGACAGAGUUUAAUCAAAACUUUUAAUGAAAACAAAGAAUAUCUAGUUUUUCUUGCAACAACAAGUGUAGGUGGUUUAGGUGUAAAUCUUACUGGUGCUGAUAGAGUUAUCAUAUAUGAUCCUGAUUGGAACCCAGCUACAGAUAACCAGGCAAAAGAAAGGGCUUGGAGAAUUGGCCAACAAAGAAAUGUUACUGUGUAUAGACUCCUUUCAGCAGGUACUAUUGAGGAAAAGAUCUAUCAGAGGCAAAUCUUUAAAAAUUUCUUAAGUAGCAAAGUUUUAAUUGAUCCAAACCAAAAGAAUGUUUUAACUACCAGCACCUUACAAGGACUAUUUACCUUAGAAGAACCGAAUUUUGAGGGAGAUACAGAGACUGCAUCACUUUUCAAGCAUACUAAAGUAAAAAUUAACAGGAAAUUGAAAAAUGAUAAUGACAACAUACAUUUAAAUGGCAGUGUCUCAUUUUCAAAAAAGAAAUUGGAGGCAAUGAAAAGACUUGCAAAGCAAAUUAGUAAAAAAAUAUCCAGUGAAAAUGUUUCACCAACAACAAAUGAUGAUCCGAGAGAAAGAUAUAAACAAAAAAGACAAUUACUCCUAAAUCCACCUAAAAUUGAAAACUUGCCUGAGAUUAAUUUAGUAAAUGACAAAGUGACCAAUGUUCCAUUUGAAAGUGCACUAUCUGAGUUAGACAUUGUCAACAUGCAUGUAAAGGAAAAUUAUGAAGAGAACUUGUUGAAAGAAGUAUUAAACAAUCAAGAUGAAAAAAUUACAGAAGAACAAGUAGAUAAUAUUAAAGUUUGUGGUACUGAAAAAGCUGACGAUAAAGAAAUUGAAGUGGAAUUAGAUCAAACUUCUGCAGCUUCUUCUGAGGUUGAUGCAAAUAAUGAUAAUUUUGAUACUUCAACUACUGUUUAUUUUAAAAACUCUAAUAAAGAUGAUGUUGAAAACAUAAAUGCUGAUCAUAGUGAAAACACAAAUUCUAAUAAAAGACGACAUUCCACGUCGUCUGAUCGGGAUGAAGUAAUUGAAAAUCUAGUAGCAAUUAAAAAAGUUAAGAAGAAAAAGCGAAAGCAUGAAAAAGAUACAAAUGAUGAUGAUUACGUUCUGAAGAAACUCUUUGCAAAGUCAACAGUUAAAAAUGCUUUACACCAUGAUGUAGUAAUGGGAUUGGCUGAAAAAGAAAAGCGUUACAGAAUUAAAGAAGAAGCUACAAAGAGAGCAAAAAAAGCUGUUAAAGCUAUAAAACAAUCAACGAAGAUUAAUUAUAAUUAAUUUCAUGAAACGGAUUUAUAAAAAAAAGUCAGCUGUUCUGUCAGUAUGUCACUGUCAUUGUCAAAUGCGGAAGUCGAAUCAAC